GACAAUUAUUUGGGGACUUUUUGUGUUUGUGAUUUAUUUGCUAAAAAGCAGAAAUUGUGGAAUAAUAAACUUCUGUUAUUAUUUCACACAAAUCACCAGAAAUAUACGUUUCUAAAGUAAAAACAUUAUUAUCUUAAAAAUUUUAAAUUUUUCAAAAAAUUUCAAGUGUUUACAAGUCAAAAUAAAAAAAUUUUAAAAAACUGGUAGAAAAAAAUGGAAAAUCAAGAAAAUCCACCCACAGACGAGGAUGAAUCCCAGAUGGAUCCAGUUCAGUCAGUUAAUGUGCAUGUCAAUAAUGUAAUAUUCAAAGAACAAGUGACAAAAAUUAACGGCAAUCAGUAUGAAAAUAUGUUUGCUGAAAAAACAAAACAUGAUGGCAUACAUGAUAAAUGUAAAAUUUUACGAGGCAAAUUGUCUAAUCAUUUACGUAGUGUUGAAAAGGAGCAGGAAGCAGCCAACCAUUUUGGGAACAUUUCGGCCACGAAUGAUCUUCGCGUCAAUCAAGCAAUGAAAAAAUUGCGGAUAAAAAUAUCUAAUGCCACGACCAGUGAAUCGCACACAAAUGGAGGAAGUUGUAUGACAAAUUCGCACAAAGUAAACUACAAAGAGGUUUAUGCGUUAGGAAGUCACAAAACAAAACAAGAGCUUCUAAAAAUUGUCACAGGCCUUCAAUUGUUGUUAUCUAAAUUGACAAUAAAUAAUCAUCCGUUAAAACGGCACGCACAACAUCUUGCUCAGAAUAUACCACAUUUAAAAGACUUCCCUUUGUUUGAUAUGCAAUCAGAUAUUGAUUCAAGACCCUCUACCUCAGCUGGUAACCGUAAACAUUAUGAAUCCGACCCCUCUGUGAAUAAUAGACCGCGUCGAGAUUCAGAGAUGUCGAGCGUGAGUAGUGCGAGUACGCAAAAGGAAACAGCUGCCACGGCUACCAAUGGUAAGACGAAUGGUGAGGCGAAAAAGAAACGUAAUCGGAAAUCGAAAAAUAAAGAAACGACUCAGGCAAGUGAACAUGACUCGUUUACCAAAUAUGUGAACGAUAUUGUGGCUGAAUAUUUGGGUGAAAACCAAACGGAAAAAAUUGAAAAGCUGAAAUUUUCAUUGAGUGAUAUUGAUCAUUUGGAGGCAUAUGCUCAAAAUUUAGUGCAGGGAGGCUUAGGUCGUAUUGUUGAAGAAGAGAUUCGUAUUAACCGUAAGAAUAAUCGUCAGGCUUUUGUUGCUCUGAACACUGACAGAGAAGGUGGUGAGAGGGAUGGCUUUAUACUAUUACCGGUAGCACGGCGGUAUGCUUUUGAAGGUGAUGUUGUUCGGGCUUUCGUCAUGAACUCCGGUGGCGGUGGGGGUUGCACGACUCAAUCGCAAAACUCAAAGAAGGCUAGCAGAAAAUCUGAGAACAUAUUUGGUGGCAAAGAUCACUCAUUUAGUUUACAAGAGGAAGAAAAUAUAUAUGAUGAUACUGAAUCGUCCCCAGAUACUGAAUUAGAGGACGUAACCGAUUUAUUGGAUACUUCAGCUGUUGUGAUUUCCGACAAUUGCCCUAAAGCAUUUGUUAUUUCAAUCGUGAGGCAAACUGAAUUGCGCCAAAUUGUCGGUACCAUUUGUUUUAAAAGUUCAACCAAACUACUAAACGAAAAAAGUUAUUAUAAAUUACGACCGCAUGAUAUGAGAGUACCUAUGAUGUAUGUCCCUGUGGAAUCAUGUGCUGACCAUAUAACGCCGGAAAACAAAAGUGAAAUUUGCGGCAUAUUGUACUUGGCUCAAAUUUUGGAGACAGACAUUAACGGUCGUUGCAUAGGCGAGCUAUUGCGGCCGGUUGGCAAAGUAGGUAACUUAGAGGCUGAAAUCAAAGCUAUAUUACUGCAAAAUGGAUUAAAGGAUGUGCAGCCAUACGAUCAAAAAUAUCAAGAUAUGUUUGAUAGACCUUUGUCACCUAUCAGCGAUAAGGAAUUAAGUACGCGUCUGGAUUUGCGACAGCAAUGUAUAUUUACGAUUGAUCCGUUGACAGCUCGGGACUUAGAUGAUGCCGUUUCUAUAGAGAAAAUUAACGACAACGAAUACGAAAUUGGGGUGCACAUUUCGGAUGUGUCACAUUUUCUGCUCGAAAAUAGCGACUUAGAUAAUAUUGUAAAGGAAAGAGCUACCUCAAUAUAUCUUGUUACCGAAGUAAUACAUAUGCUACCUCAGUCCUUGUGUGCUCGUUGCUCAUUAUUGCCAGGCGAAGACAAGUAUGCAUUUUCGGUAUUUUGGCGUGUGAAUUUGGAGGGUGAGCAAAUGGGUAAACCACGAUUUACGCGCUCUCUGAUCAAUUCGUGCUCCCAAUUUGCUUACGAGCACGCCCAAAAAAUUAUAGAUAAUCCAAAUGAAAACUUUGAUGUUCACGACUUGCCAGAAAUUCACAAUAAUUGGACACCUUCAGAUCUAAGGUGGAGAAUUAUAACUUUGCAUAGGAUCGCACAAAACCUAAGAGCUCAGCGCUAUGAGAAAGGUGCUUUAUCGAUAAAUAAUCCCAAAUUGCAUUUCACUCUCGAUGCUGUAAGUGGUGAACCGGUGUCCUAUGAGGUCGAAAGCCGAGAGGAAGCCAAUUUCCUUAUAGAGGAAUUUAUGUUAUUGGCCAACCAAUCGGUAGCCCGUUUUAUAUAUAAUCAUUUUCCGGAUACUUCAAUACUACGUAAUCAUGCGUCUCCGCUUUCAAAAUCUAUGAAAAGUCUACGUGAACGCCUAUUAUCUUUGGGAUUAGACUUUGAUAUUAGGUCUUCAAAAGCAGUUUACGCGAGUAUGCAACGCCUAUGUAGAGAAGCGAGUGAUCCGAAAGCCAUGGAUGCAUGCUUGAAUACAUUAUUGACAAAACCAAUGGCUCGUGCUCGUUAUUUUUGUAGUGAAGGCAAGGCUGAGACUGAAUUUUGGCACUACGCUUUAUCCAUACCAAUAUAUACACAUUUUACUAGUCCAAUCAGGCGAUAUCCUGAUAUUUUAGUGCAUAGAUUAUUGGCUGCUGCCCUCAACUAUUGCCCGCCGCCUCAACGCACCAGCGAAGAAUUGCAUUAUUUGGCUAAAGUGUGUAAUGAUCAAAAGUUUAACGCCAAAAAUGCGGGUGAUGAUUCUGUUAAUCUAUUCUUUAAACGUUAUAUCAAAGCCAAACAGUCGCUAACGCUCAAGGCUGUAGUUACUGAGAUCUAUCAGCAUUUAGUUAAUGUCGUGACGAUCGAAACGGGUCACACUAUUGCGAUUAAUUAUAAAAUGCAAAAAGUGCUUGUUGAUACCACGCAUGUGCCCUCAUAUAUUACGGUCAUUGAGAAAAAUUCUACAAAGCCCCCGAUAAAAUUACAACUUUUCUCAACGAUUGAGAUCAAGUUGGUCGUUUGGGAUAAUAAAUUGUGCGGUUUUUUGGCUUCCCCGGAUCCUAAACAACGACAUUUGAAUAGCAUGGGAUCAUCUUCGACCUCAGCAAAAAAGGAGAAACAUUAUUAUAGCAUAUCUACUAAUGAUAUGAACGGUGACAAUAUUCAUGUAACAGCAAAAAAUCGCCCCAAUAAUGCUGUGUCCGAAAAUGAAGAUAGUAGCAAACCAACUACCACUUCCAAUUCAAUCAGCUCAAGACCGUGUAAGAAAAAGAAGAAAAACCGCAGAAUAUAUCAAUGGCAUACGAUGCCUUCUGAAAUUCCCGAACCUAAUUAAUUUGAUUAAUAUUACAUUUGUCACUUUUUUAAAAGUGACAUAUGUAUGCGUCAAGGCGCAUUUUUGUGAGCGUAUGAAAUUCAUAUUUUUAAACACAUAUAUUUUUACCUAUAAAAUUUUAUUUUAAACUCAAGUAAUAAUUAGAAAAAAAAAUCACAAGGACAGGAUAGUAAAAAUUAUCUAUCUUUUUUAAACUUUAGAGUUUACUCGGACUUUUUAACCGCGUAAAAUAUAUGCCGCAAUUAAACGAAAAAAAAAAAUUAUUGUAAAAGACAGAUUAAAUUAAAUCCGAUGAGAGAAACAAUUGUGAAUGGUAAAAAUUUCAAUUCUGCUUUGUUUUAAUACUACUGUAAUAUUUUCUGUUUGUUUUAAUUUUAAAUAAAACAAAUUGUUCUAUUUUCAAACGCAUACAGAAUUUACGUUGAUUUUCCCUUAUAGUAUACCGCGAGUUAAACAUUGGACAUUUUUUAUAGUAAAAAUUGUAAAGUUAAUAGAUCGCUUCGGAUCAUUUUAGAUUAAUCAGUUUACAUUAACAUUUAAGAGCUUUUAAUUAUAAGUAUUUUAAUCUACUUUUUUUAAAAGUAUUGUUCCGCUUCUCAUUCGAACUUUAUCAAAUCGUUUAAUGAAAUCAGCGAACUUACAUAUAUUAGGUAAGUUGAUGAAGUUCGAUUAAGAUACGGACCGAAACAACCUAUUGUUUUGUGUUUUGUAUUAUGAAAUUUUGACGUUUAAAAUGUUAUCGCAAGAAUAUUAUAUGAGCAAAAUGUGAUAUUUAAACUCGCUCCUUAUUCGAAUUUCCAGUCGUUUACUCAAGCUUAUCUUCUCUUUGUGAAUUCAAUGCCUUUUUCAUUUUCGAUUAAAAAGCAAUCCGAAAUUUGUAAUCUUCCCCAGAGACGUUUAAACGUGUUGUAUUGCGUGAGUAAGUGUCCGUCAAUUUUCUAGUAAAAAAGUUCCCGAUAUCGUAGAUUUUCGUGGCGAACGAUUCCUCAACUCCGUGUUAUAGUUAUUUGAGCUUAGAUAUCAUAAUGCAUCCACUGCUAAUCGCUCGUAAAGACUUGACAGCAAUAUCGUUUGAAUUGAACAGAAAAAGCAAAGUUUUCCAUAAAUUGUCUUUUUUGGCACCAAACUAUACCUAUUUAAAGCUCGAAGAAACUAUUUUUUUUGUAUCGCUUUAGUAUGCUAACUAUCGCUUUAGUAUGCUAUCUAUGCAUAUUACAUAUAGCUUAAAGCUAGUGCCUUUAAGUGAAGAAGUCGCACUUGUUUUUCAGCGGUAUACAGUAUUCGAUGCGUUUUCUCCUAAAAGAAAGCCAGAAUGAUAUCCACACAUCCAAAUUUACAUCUCAUGAGUAAAAUCAAUGACUGAGUUAAACACUUUGGUGAAGUUUGAUUAAGAAAUUGAAAUACUUCAUCCUGCGAUCGCUAUUAAUUGAUUUAGUUCUUGAUUAAUAUUUUAUUUCCAGGUACUCUUCAUAAAAGUAAAAGUCUUAUGAAACAAUUUUAAGGCCAUUUACUUCAAUAAAACCUUAAAUAAACGAAAAUUCCUUGGAAUAGAUUGUGUUUUAUAGAAGUUUUUUAGCUUCUAUAACCGUGAAAAUAAAUUGAAAAACCCUUUAAUGGACUACACUACUGCCAUAUAAUAUUAAUAACAACGAGAAAAUAAAUCUCUUGCAAUUCUUUCUUUCACAUCAUUGUUAAUAGCAGCAAGCAUUAAUCUGAGGGUUUCUGCUUGAAAAGAACAAAGAUUAUGUAUGUUUUAAAAGGAAAUUUUAUAUUAGAGACCAAUUGUUAUGUUUUUAUAAUAGCAAAUUAAAUUUUUUUAAGUU